AUGACAUCAAAUAUAACGGAAUUAAAUAAAUGGAUUGAAGGUUAUGUUAAUCCACAAUCAGAAGAAUCAGUGAAAACCAAUGCGAUUAAUAUGGUUUUAUUAUAUAUGAAAUCAAAUAAAAUUGAUUUACAAGAUGUGGUUCAAGGUUUAGGAGAUUAUUUAAAGAGUAAUGAUUCAAUACUUCGUGCAAGAGGUACAUUAUUAUUAUCAGAAGUAUUAUGUAGAUUACCAGAUUUACCAUUAAAUCAAGAUCAAGUUCAUUUCCUUGCAAUGUUUUAUUGUGAUCGUUUACAGGAUUAUGCAUGUUCUUCAGAAGUUGUUAAAGGUAUUACUGGUUUAAUAACAAAUCAUACUCCAGAUUAUCCUGAUAAUCAAAAAUUAUUAAGAAAUAUAUUUUCAGAAGUUCAUCCAACAUCAUUAACUCAAGCACAUAGAAAGAUGGUAUUACAAGUUAUUGAUAUAAUGUUUAAUAAAUGUUUAUCAGAGAUUCAAGAACUUAAAAAUGAUUUUAUGGUUGGAUAUUUACAAUUUAUAGAUAAUGAAAAGGAUCCAAGAAAUUUAAUAUUCUCAUUUAAAUUAUUACCAAAAGUAAUUUAUAAUAUACCAGAGCAUAAACACUUUUUAGAGAGUUUAUUUGAAAUUAUAUCUUGUUACUUUCCAAUUUCAUUCAAUCCAAAAGGAAAUGACCCAAAUUCAAUUACUAAAGAUGAUUUAUCAAAUUCAUUAUUAAAUUGUUUUUCAUGUACACCAUUAUUAGCAGAACAUUCAAUUCCAUUUUUAAUUGAUAAGAUUUGUAGUAAUUUAAUUGAAACAAAGAUUGAAGCAUUACAAACAUUGGUAUAUUGUUGUGAUCGUUAUGGUGGAUUUGCAGUUCAACCAUUUUUAGAAGAGAUAUGGAGUACAUUAAGAACUUUAAUUUUAACACACAAGAAUACAACAGUUAUUGAAGAAUCAAAGAAAACCAUUUUCUAUUUAACAAGAUCAUUUACAAAAGAACGUAAAGUUUUAGAAUCAUUCCUUUCAAUAAUGAUUAAAGAAUGUCUUCAUCAUAUUAAAUCUUCACAAGAUUCUAAAAUUGCAAUUUAUUGUGCUUCAAUUCUUUAUCAAUCUGUUAGUGCAAGUUUAUUAUCAUCAAAAAUCAUUUUAAUUCAUAUUUUCCCAAAUUUAUUUAAUUUCCUUAGUGAAUUACAAAAACAAGAUACAGUACAAAAAGUAAAUGAACAAAAUUCAGUGAUCGCAUUAUUUAAUGAUUUAUUGAAAGCAAAUUCAAUAGCAUUUGAAAUGUAUUCAAAUGAAAAUAAAGAACCAAAUCCAUUAGAACCAUUUGUUGAUCAAUUAUUUAAAUUAUUUUCAGAUUUAUUAUUAUUGAAUUCAUCAUCAUCAAUUAGAUCAAAUUCAAUCGAAUGUUUAUCAAAUCUUUAUAUUUCAAAAAAGGUACAUACUACUGAACAAGAUGAUGACGAUAGUGAACAAAUCACUAAUGAAUUCCUUUUGGAUUUAGAAAAGAGACAAUUCAUUAUUAAAAGUUUAGUUUCACUUUUAAAUAGUUCAGACAAUACAUUAAGACAUAAGAGUUUAGAUUCAUUGUUUACUAUUGCCUCAAAUGAAGAUCCUUCAGUUUUAAAUUUAUAUGUAAUACCAACUUUAUUACAAAUGAUUAAUCAUUCAUCAUGUAAUAUUAAUACAACUAAUAAUAAAAUUAAUAAUAACAAUAAUAAUAAUAAUAUUGUUAUAAAAAAUAAUAAAUGUCAAGAUGAACAUUGUAAUGAAGAUCAUAGUAAUAAAAAUGAAAAUAAUAAUAAUAGUAACGAAAAUAGUAAUGGUAAUAGUACUAGUGGUAGUGAUGAUGAUUUAAAACAUUAUUUAGAAGCUUUCACAAAAUUAUGUACACAUCAACCAUUAUUAGAGAGUGUUAUACCACAAAUUCAAGUACUACUUCAACAUAAUAUUAAAGAAACUUAUCAAUCGAAUGAAGAUUUUGAAAAGAGUAUAUUGAUUUUACAAUCUAUAAGUUUUAUUUUAGAGAAAUCAACAAAUAUUAAAUCAAUGACAAUUUGUUCAAAAUCAAUUUUAUUCCCAUUAAUUAAAGGUUUAUAUAAACAAGAAUUAAUAUCUUCAAGUAAUGAUAAUAACAAUAAUAAUAAUAAUAAUAGUAAUAGAUUUAAUCAAAUUUUAACACCAACUUUAAAAAUGAUUCAUUCAAUUUUUGAAAAUAUUUCAAUUGAAUCACAAAAACCACUUUUAGAGAAAUUAAUUAAAUUAUUUUUAAAUGGUGAUACUUUAGUUAUUAAUUAUCAAUUACCAACAACGACAACAACAAUAAUUAAACCAUUUGAAAAAUCAUCACCAUAUAAAUAUUUAAUACCAAUAUUUACAACAAUCAUCUCUCAAAGUAAAUUAGAUUUAUCAGAAAAUAAUGAAUUGAAACAAUCACUUUACCAAAUGUCAUUAGAUGUAAAUGUAGAUGAUUCAAUUGCAAUCUCUUGUUCAAAAGCUUAUUCAUCAAUCAUUAAUAAACAACAACAACAACAACAACAAGAUCAAAUCAAUUUCAAUUUCUUUAAUGAUAAUCUAUUAAAAGUUAUCAAUGAUACUACCACACCAUUACCUUUGAAAAUUAGACAUUUAGAUUUAUUCACUUGGUGUACAAAAGCAUUAUUAACAAAUGGUAAUUCAAUUAAUAUUAAACUUGGUUCUUGUUUAGCUGAUAUCAUUUCAAAUGAAAAUGUAGAAUUAUCUUAUCAUGCUUCAAAAUCAUUUGGUAUUUUAUUAAGUGAAACUGAUGUUUUAAAUGAAAAAUCUGGUUCAAUUAUAAAAAUCUUAUUUGAACAAAAAUUCUUUACAUUAAUGUUCCCAAUUUUAUUAGAAUCAUUUAAGGUUAGUAAAAAUAAAGAAUUACAAACAAUCUCAUCACAUUAUUUAAUUGCAAUUUCAAAUUUACUUAAACAUGUACCAAAAGAGAUUUUACUUGCUGAAUUAAAUGAAAUCUUACCAAUCGUUAUGCAAUCACUUAAAAGUUCUGAUAAUAAUGAUCAAGUUCAAUUAUUAGAUAGUAGUUUACAAACUUUAACAAUGUUAAUCAAUGAAACUCCUUCAAGUUUUAUUUCUUAUUUAGAUUCUUUAAUUCCUUCAUUAAUUAAAAUUUCUACAAAAUCUACAAAAUAUAAUUUAAAAAGAUCAGCUUUAGAGAUUUUAACAUUAUUAUCAAAGUCAAUUCCAUUUGUUAAUUUAUUCCCUUAUAAAACUCAAGUAGUUACAGAUAUAAUUCCUUGUUUGGAUGAUAAAAAGAGAAUAGUAAGAAGAGAGGCUCAAAAAUGCAGAAACAGCUGGUAUAUUUUGCAAAAGUAA